GUGCAGUGAAUGAUGCUGAGACUCUGCUGUAAUCAGGUAGUACAGCAGUAGAAUGUUUUUGUUUUGUUUUCCUGCCAGCUUAACAAACCCUUCAGUGAAUUAACCUAAUUGUCUUAUUUUUGUGCAUUAACUUUGGAAGGAUUUGCUCAUACUGUGCUUCUACUUCCGGCUGAUGGCUCUUUCCUGGUGUCCUGAUCUCUUUUAAGAACCACCAUAGUUUUGCAUUGUUAGAAUCAGAAAUCUAGGGGGGGUGGGGAACAGUUUUAGAAGCCCUCUAGAUCCCAGUAUUGCUGCCGUGGUUAGGAUGUGAAUGCUCUCUGUAAAAACAAAGCGAUGUGACUACUACUCUUUUGUUUUACAGUAAAUUUAGAAUUUGUGUCUGUUCUAACAGAAGCCGUUUCCUAUGCCUCACAACUCUUUCCCACCCCUUCCAGGCCAAAUCUUUUCCACACAUGUAAUUCAUGACUUUUUGCCAAAUAGUCUGUGUUGGGUGAUGGUAUUUUGUAGAGGAAUUUCCCCCCUCCUUUUGACAUUUAAAAGUGUUCAUUCUGAACUAUCAGGCAUCUGAGUCUGUUUAUGUGUGCAGCCUUUAUUAUCAUAAAACUCAUAUCAGUUGGCUGCUUUUUUCCAUGUCUGUUUGAUAGUAAGAUUUGGCGAUUAGCAGGAUGAGGAGUAGUGAUGCGGAAAGUGUAAUACGGUGGAGACAGGCAACCUGUUUAACCAGGAAAACAUGGUUUUCAAGGAUCCACUUAGAGAAGUUUUUGGAUUAAAAGCCUGAAUGGUCCCCAGCUUUCGUCAGUUAUCCAGCUUUUGAACUGUGGACAAUAACAUGUGUAUUUUUCUGAAAUUAGACCUAUUUUACAAAUAGGCACAGAAAAUGGGUGAAGAUUUUUCUUACUAGAUUUAAGGAAAGCUAUUCUUAGAUAUAAUAAACUUUUGUUUGUUUAAAGUAUAGAUACUGGGGAAAUAGAAUGUAGAAAAAGACUGCUGAUAUUUGUAAAAAUGUAUAAUAUUAAAAACUUUUAGUUCUGUCUAGGCUUAAAGUAUAGAUAUAUAAAGAAUCAUUUAAAUUUUCUGAUUUACCUGGUAGUAGUUGUCAGUGUAAAGUUAUGCAGGAAGAUCAGGUGUGAGUAAUUCACAUUCUAGUAGGUUAAAUUCAUAAAUUCCAUCCUCCUCCAGUCUUGGCCAGCAGCCUUUCCAAGAGAAGGAUUACUUACACCAGCCAGGACGCCUUCUGUGACCAUAUUAGAUGGAAUUAGACUCCACCCCUUGUUUCUGUUGAUCUGCCAGGACCUUUGUAAUUCAAGUGCUUUUUACAGUAGUAGCAAAUGUUACAUAAGACCAAACAUGGAGCAUAUUUGGAGUUGGUGGGCAGACCCACAUCAUGAUGCAAGCCUGCAGUAGCAAGUGUGCAAUGAAGCACAACCAAAUUAUGUGAAUGGAAGGUGACGAGAAGCCUCCUCAGAGCAGCCCUUCCUCCACACCGGGGCUGAAAGCUCUCCCGGAAAGAAGACAUAGCUCAUCCAGCAAGCCUUCUUUGGCCGUUCCUCCCACUUCAGUAUUUUCCUUCUUCCCUUCUCUGUCCAAAAGCAGAGGAGGUGGUGGAAGUGGAAGCAGCCGUUCUUCCAGCGGAGGUGUUCUGAGCACGUCCUCGUUAAGUUCCAAGUUGUUGAAAUCGCCCAAAGAGAAACUGCAGCUCAGGGGGAACAGGCCAAUGCAUCCCAUCCAGCAAAAUCGAGUCCCCCAUGGUAGAAUCAUGACACCCUCUGUCAAAGUGGAAAAGAUUCAUCCGAAGAUGGAUGGCACGCUACUGAAACCCGCGGCGGGGCCCACCUGUCCUGCUCCCGUGAGCUCCUCAGUCAAGCCUGGCCUUAACUGCCCCUCAGUACCAAAGCCAACCUUGCCUUCACCUGGACACAUUCUGAAUGGCAAAGGGCUUCCUGCACCGCCUGUUCUGGAAAAGAAGGCAGAAGAUUACUCCAAUAACAGGAAGUUUUUAAAUAAGAGAUUAUCAGAAAGAGAGUUUGAUCCUGACAUCCACUGUGGGGUCAUCGAUCUCGACACCAAGAAGCCCUGCACUCGGUCUUUGACGUGCAAGACACAUUCCUUAACCCAGCGGAGGGCUGUCCAGGGUAGAAGAAAACGAUUCGACGUGUUGUUAGCCGAGCACAAAAACAAAACCAGGGAAAAGGAAUCGAUUCGCCAUCCGGACUCUCAGCAACCAGCGCAGCCUCUCAGGGACCCACAUCCCACCCCUCCUAGAACGUCACAGGAGCCACACCAAAACUCUCACGGAGUGAUUCCCUCCGAAUCAAAGCCUUUCAUAGCUAGUAAACCUAAACCUCACACCCCCAGUCUUCCAAGGCCUCCAGGCUGCCCUGCUCAGCAAGGUGGGAGUGCCCCCAUUGACCCUCCUCCAGUCCAUGAGUCUCCACACCCUCCCCUGCCUGCCACUGAGCCAGCUUCUCGGUUAUCCAGUGAGGAGGGAGAAGGCGAUGACAAAGAAGAGUCUGUUGAAAAACUGGACUGUCAUUAUUCAGGUCAUCAUCCUCAGCCAGCAUCUUUUUGCACAUUCGGGAGCCGGCAGAUUGGAAGAGGCUAUUACGUGUUUGACUCCAGGUGGAACCGGCUUCGCUGCGCCCUCAACCUCAUGGUGGAGAAGCAUCUGAACGCGCAGCUCUGGAAGAAGAUCCCGCCCGUUCCCAGUACCACAUCGCCCGUGUCCACACGUGUUCCUCACCGGACAAACUCUGUGCCGCCAUCACACUGUGGGGUUAGCUACCUGGCAGCAGCUACCGUGUCACCUGCCCCAGUCCCGCUCUCGUCCACCUGCAUCUCCCCCAGCAGUAAGUCGGUCCCAGCUCACGGAACCACGCUGAACGCCCAGCCCGCCGCCUCCGGGGCCGUGGACCCUGUGAGCAGCAUGCAGUCCAGACAAGUGUCUUCCUCCUCCUCCUCCCCCUCCACGCCCUCCGGCCUGUCCUCCGUCCCCUCCUCCCCCAUGGCCCGGAAACCUCAGAAGCUGAAAUCCAGCAAGUCUUUGCGGCCCAAGGAGUCUUCUGGUAACAGCACGAACUGUCACAACGCCAGUAGCAGUGCCGGCGGCGGCUCAGGAAAGAAACGCAAAAACAGCUCCCCACUGUUGGUUCCCUCAUCCGCCUCCUCGUCGUCCUCGUCCUCUUCUUCUCAUUCCAUGGAGUCUUUUAGGAAAAACUGUGUGGCUCACUCUGGACCUCCCCACCCCGCAGCAGUAGCCUCUGCCCCGGGCAUCAGCCUCAACUGCGUGGCCAGCCGAGCGAACUCAGUGGGUGGCCGGCACGAGCAGCCAGGGUGCCGGGGCGCCCCCAGCGGGAGCCCCUGCGAGUCCAUCAAGAGGAUGAGCGUGAUGGUCAACAGCGGCGAUUCCACACUCUCCCUCGGCCCCUUCGUGCACCAGGCCGGCGGCGAGCUUCCCGUCAACUCCCACGGCGCCUACCCGCACUCACACACUCCUCUGGACAAACUCCUAGGAAAGAAAAGAAAGUGCUCACCCGGCUCGAGCGGUGUCAACAGCAGCGGCGGCAGCGGCAAGCCCACCAAGGUGGCCAAACUGCCGGCCGUGAACAACGUCCACGCAAAACACACGGGCCCCAGCCCGGGGGCACCAGGGCUGACGAACAGUUCCCUCCUCCAUCAGGUAGGACAGGGCCUGGGGGCCCCGUGGGGAGGCUCGUGGCCUCUCCCUUGAGAUGGUUGAUCAACUCAGAGAUCUGUGCGGUCGGUUUGGUGGGUUUGCCUAAAAGCAAGUGUCCGGCUUCACGGUGUCUUUUAAGAAGGGCCAAGUUGAAGGCCAGAUGAAGGUCACACGGGCGCCUCUCUGCCAGACUGUCUCUCUGAUGACUCGGAAGAUGCUCUUGGCUGAGGAGGCCACACCAAGUGCAUUUCCGCAGCUGGGGCGGUGGACACCGUCCUGCGUGACGGUGGGGCCCUCCCUGUCCUGGAGUGCGGUCCUCUUGUACGUUUUUCUGAAGAAAGCUGGGCGAAAAUCAAGCUGAUAUGGAAAGGGAUGAUUUAAAUUUGAAAAAGGCUGUUCAUAUUUUUCCCUUCAAAGAAUUUCAGGUUUUCUUGUUAAUUCCCUCCCUCUGUGUUCUCCCUGUUUUCCGAGGAGGCAGGGAAACAGAAUUUAACUGUGGCAGAGCAGAAGACUAACAUCUCGUUGACGUUAACAGAUUGAGAAGAAACCUGCAUGUGACCCGUUUCUAGAAAAGGGCUUGUCGGGCAUCGGAUUCAUUACUGACCGUGGUUUCUCUGGCUGUGUCUUGUCUUCCCCACUCCUCCUCCGGCUGCUGUUUGCUCCUGUGGCCAGUUCCUCCACCUUCCUCUUUCUCCUGUCCAGCUCCUCUCAUCUUGUCAUUUCAUUCAGCAGGGUACUUUCUGUCUUUGCUUACAAGCGGGAAUUUCAGCAGUAUCAGCCUCAGAGCUCUGCUUUAAAAUGUGAGGCUCUUUUUGUUUUGCUUUGUUUUCCCUUCCUCGUCUUCAAAACUGAACAUAAAUGUCAGACUAGAACUUGUCCAGAAAAUACCAAGAAGUUUCUUCAUGAGACAGAAGUUUCCCUCCAGUAUAUGUGUGAAUGAAAACUCAGCACCAGAGGUGUGGGAAAAAUAAUGACGCGUGAAUUUUCAGUAGCAGCCGCUUCAAUUCUUCUCUUUGAGCCACAAAUACAUAAGUGCUAUUUGUGUGUCAUUUGGGCCUUUGAACAGGAUUCCUGGACAAGUGAAAACUUCUUGAUUUGUAGUAUAACAAUAAGCAUAAAAAUACACUGCAAACACUGUAAGAAUCCAUCCCUUAGUAACACCCUUCUGAGCGUAGUUUCCCGAUUCAUGUGAACCCCAGGAGGGAAGCCCCACUGCGCGCACCCCUGUCUCGGAGCAGGCCGUCUUCACACGGAAGCUGCUGCAGACCUGACCGCCCUGGUGUCGGGGCAAGGUGGGGACUGGGCGGGUGCAGCCGAGGGUGACGAUCUGUGGAGAGCUGGGGAAUGGGCACCUCAUCUGCACAGAGCAGCGACUCCCAGAAACUUGCUCUAAUUUCAGAGAGAAACUGCGCAUCUGAACCUUCAUGAGAAAUUUCACCAUUUUCCAAAGCUCUAGUUUUUUGUUUUUUUUUUAUCAUUUUGUCUUGACACAUUUGUCAGCUAAGUUUGGCUCAGGAGCUACCAGUUUGCCACCUCUCAUUUCCACCAUCUGAGGAGGACUACAUCCCCCUUGGACAAACAGCCUAUGUUUGGGUUCUUUUCCUUAACGGCAGUUUCAUGUCAUGUUUGUAUUUGAGAAAGGUUUUCUCUGUGCAGUGGAAUACAUUCUGUUACGCUACACAAAUUCGGGGGAUGUGGGGUGUGGUUCAUGGCUAUAGAUCACAGGAUGGAUCAACUGCCCAAAAAAGUAUUGCAUAUUUUUACAUCCCUGAUCAUUUAGCUGCAAGAGGGAACCAGUAGCUUUCUUCAGACUAUCAAAGGGACCCAUGCCUCCAAAAUGCUGUACAGAAGUCUGCUCUUAGACCAGUAGGAACCUGAGCUCACUCUUCUCCAUGGAGCAGAUUUUAGAGCCGAGAUAACUGGACUGGUUUGAGUCCCUUCAACAACAGAAUCGGAGACCUGCUGGGGAGCCUGGGAGAUAUUGCUGAGUGCCCGCCUAGCCCCUGUGUCAACUUGCGGGCUCUGCCACCAAGGACUUGCGGGCUCUGCCACCACGGACCUAAAAAUAGCUCAGUGCAGGCCAGCGAAGGCCAGAGUUCCCUCUGCCUGCCUCCCCUCCGCCUUGGGUGUGAGCUUUCACACCUGUGUGCUGGCCCAUUUGACCUUGUUCACGUCUCAGUUGACAACCUGGAAAAGCCUCAAGGAAGCAGCAUCCGUAAAUAGAACCAAAAGGCAGACAUGUGAGCCUUUUCUCUAAGCUAGAAACCCAGGCUGCAUCUCUUCUGGACUGUUUUCUCAGAGCCAGUCUCUUAGAAGGAUUGUGCCCAAGGUCGUUGGAGACUGUUGAAAGCUAAAACCAAGUUCUCUAGCUGCCUGCUCCUGGCACGGCCUGGGCAGAGGAGACAUGAGCGGUGCGUGGCCUUGGGAGUACCUUGUUUAGAAUCAAGGCAGGGCUGGGACAGCCGCUUUCUUACCUUUCGAUGUCUCUCCACCCACCUCUUUUUUGAAAGCCAAAGGCCCGUCCCUGACAGCUGGAAAUAGCACGGGGAGGAAUAAUGUGGACACUUUUGACGACAAGUUACACCUUCACUCAGCACUCUGGAUUCCACGACACCUUUGAGUCUGUUUUCCCAGCCUCCUGUGGGCCACGAGGGUGGAAAUCUGCCGGGCCGUUGUUCUAACGAGGAUGCCCCUGAAGCUUGACUCACUGCCCCUGUAGCAGUGAGUGCUUGUUAAAGGACACUGGAUCAAGUCCAGCCACCAAGUUGCUUUUAUCAGUGUUAGAGUGGUCUGGACAACUUGCUGCCAUCUGUGAGAAGUUCCUGUCUCGUUGUUGAACCUGCAAUAUAUCACCAAGCCGCUCUUGGAGGAGGUUGGCUGGUGCAAGUGUCUUGGCAAGAGUGUGACUGUGGUCUUUUCUCCCUCCCUCCUUCUCCCUGCCUAGGUCUUCCCUCACUCUGGCAUCUGUAGGUCCCAGGUCCCUCUCCAGCCGUCAGAUACCGUAACUGGAGAGACCUCUGGGGGCAAGCAGAGCUGCACCCCGAGCAGCCCCCUGGAGAAGGGGGUCUGUGGCUAGGUGUUUACACAUCAGGGGCCCGGAAUGGAGUGUGGACGUUAGUGUGAGGCGCCGUGAUAAAAGAGUCUGUGUUUUCGCCCAGCCUUUUGCAAGUAAUUUGGGAUCAGAAGCCGUCAGAAGUUUUUCAUAUACGAACUGGUUUAAAAGCCGUUGAUGGCCAGAGAGCAAGGAUACACCAGUUUAGAGGCUUACUUUUCAUGGUACAAGAGCAAUUCUGUGUGAAUUUAAAAAAAAAAAAAAAUGCAGACAAUUUUGAUAAUGGAAAGUCAAAUUUUGGUGGGAGGGGGCAGAUAAAAAUCACUGUGGGGGGGAAGUUUUCCAUGAUUUCUAAAGAGAUUGAUUUUUUUUUAAACCUUUGUUUUCAUGUUAAACAAUGUGAUUAGGCCAGUUGUCCUGCCCAGGCUCCUGUUUUUAAAAAUUGCCUUUGUAACGUGAAGUAACUGGGAUGCAGCAGAAUCUGUCAUUCACCAAGUCACUGGAAUACUUAAAUGUUUCCAAAGCACUCUGUGCAUUACCCCCAACCUCUUUGGAUACUGUCCUGGGACUAAGUGUAAAUUUCUGCUUGGAGCACUCCCAAUGUGUGUAUCUGCACACCGCAUCCUGCCACUGCACACGUUUCUCUGGAUGCCACUGAGGUGGGCAGCAGGCACCCAGGGAGGGGUGCAGGUGACGGUACCACUGCCCGUGUGGAGGUGGUGGGGUGCUCCUUGACAUACCUCCUUUCUUAGGAUUAAUGCCUGUGAUCUUCCUGAGGGUUUCAGAGACCACCCCCCACCCCCCACCCCCCACUCCCACCCACCCAGAAUGUUUUUUCUAGUACUUAACCCCCAGAGAAAGAGUUUAAUAGGUUAAGGCAUUUCUGCCUGAGAAGGUGCCAUUGAAUUUGAGGGGAUGAGCUGGAGCUUUUCCAUAGUUGAUUCCACCGGCAGCUCCUGAAAGGAGAACCAGGCAAUUUCGCUUAGAGGAACACAGGAAGUUGCCAACCACAGGGUAAAUUUCCCAAGGCUCCGAUCAUGGCCCCGGGUAGAGCCAGGACAGAGCCAGUCAGUGCAUCUGUUUUCCUUACAAUUCUUGGGUUAUAAACUUCAGAUUCAGGGAAUUUUCAGUCAACAACAGGUAGAAUGAAUAAAUACUUGGUUACCAGCCUAAUAAUGUGAAUCGCUACAGAAUUAUUAUGUAAGAUAACAAAGUUUAUGGAGAUACUUUAGCUAUAAAUUGAUGUAAAAUAUUGAUUCUUUUUUUUUAAAGGAAGGGGAGAACAGUAACUUGUUCAGUUAUUAUGCAAUCAAUUAGUAAAUGUUUUUAAAAUGAUACUGUAGGAGAGCUUGUGAGAAGACUGCACAGAUGGGCCCAUUUGGUGUAGUUAGCAGAGGUCGGUCUGGUUUUUCAUCCCAGGAGAGAGAGAGAGAAGGAGGUAAGAGGAAAUCAGAAUGUACCUAGCUGAUUCCUCAGUGACAAGUGCAAUGGGGGAUGGGUAGAAUUUAUUUUCAGAGCCAAGGGGACUUGAUGGUUAUAAAUAAAGUUGCUUUUAGUGAUGGAAUUGUAGACAGAUCAUGUUGUUCCAGAAGAUGUGAAUAGGACCCAUGAUAGAAAGUUGACUCAGAAUAAUGUAGAUAUUUAGUUAAGCGAGUCUUGAUCCUUUGAUUUCUUAGAUUGAGGUUUUAAUUUCAUUAUUGUCUCCCGGUAGUACACAGAGCAUCGGGAUUAGGAAAUUAGCCAUUUUGGACUCAGACCUAUUCUAAACAGUGCUAUUAAAUUUUAGACUGUUGUUCAAAUAUUUUUAUUUUCUCCUACAGCUACUUUUUACUAUAAUGAACAAGUAAGACCAUUUAAAACACGGGAGUACAAGUAUUUUUUUGAACUAAAUUAACUUGCAGAAACCAAAUUUGCAGUGGUUGGGUUGUUUCUAGACAGACUUUGGUAUCAAUUUAAAACCAAGAAAAUUUUUAUAUUCUUUCCAAUAGAAUUUCGUGACAACUCCUGCAGUUUUCUUAACCUACAAAAAAAGAAAAAGUGCUGCAAUGAUGAACAAAGAAUUAUACAAAAACCUACUUUUGUAUCUUUAUUUUGGAAUUUCUUGUUCUAUUAUAAAUAUGGAAGUAUCCCUAUUUGAGAAGACAUAUUUUGUUAAAAAUGAAUUGUACAUAUUUAAAUAUGUAUUUUUGCACAGGUCUUUUUUUCUGAUAUCCUGUUUUGGUACAAUUGAGAUCAUCUAGUAUUUAUUUAUUAAUUAAUAAAAGUAAAUACCUUUUUAUAAUUUGAAGUGGUUCACUGCCAAGCCAAUAGUUCUAGGACCUGCUUCCUUUACCAUGUAAGGGACGCCUCUGUUCUGUGAAAGUCUUUUGUCCCUUUCAGUGUCUCGGGAGUGGAUUCACGCAGAUGAAGUGGGCAUUGCUUCUCCCUAGUUGCUUGACUUCCCUAUAGACUACAUGUAACAGGUGACAUACUGCUUUUCUUUCGUUACGUGUGAGAGUGAGUGUGCGCGCGCCCCGAGCACACGCGUGUUAGUAUGUGAGUGGUUAAAACUAAUGGGAAAAACACAAAACUGAAAGUGCCUGAACCUAGUUUUAAGCUUAGACAGAUUCUUUAAAAAGACUUGAAUGUUCAGUUGAACUUUUUUGGAGUUUGCUUUUUCCACCUAAAUAUUGUUACUUAAAUUUUAGGGGAGGAGUUGAAAACCACCAAAUGCUGGUAAUUUUAUAAGGUAUUUUAAAAUCAAGACCUUUUGGUUCACAGGAAUUCAACUGGUGAUGAAUUGCCCAGUGGCACCAAGGGUUACAAAUCUUCUGUCAGCCAGCAACUUACACAGCGUGUCCGUUUUGUUAUUCACUCGUGAAAUGCAGAGUUUAAAAUAGAAUAUUUAAAAUAUUUUGUAUUCCAAAAAUAUAAUACAGAGUACCUCUGAGAACAUUGAAAAAAAUGUUUAAUUUGAAAAAAAUGUAACUUAUAAAGGCAGCUGUCUUCCUGCAAGAGUUCUGUUGCCAAGGAAUUUCUUAAUGUCUCUCAUUCUGUCCUGCGGUGGGGGGAAAAGUUGGGCUUUGGAAAAAUGAUUGUUAAAAGUUUCAUUAUGUUUAGCAGAAAAAUAACCAUUUUUACAUUCUGUGUAAAGCCUUUUACAUCUUUGGAUCAUUUAAAUGAGCACUACAUCCUGUCAGUGUGAGUGUAGGGCCUUGAAAGCAUUUUGCCGGUUUCUUUUUUUUUUCCCUUUGAGCUUGGUUAUAAAAGCAAUCUCCUGUUUAAAAUGUGUGAAUAGUUUGAUCAUUUGUACACAUAAUCAAGAGCAUCUCAGCUGGACUUUUUGUUGGCUGCUGUAUAGAACAUGAACAAAUGUCAAGGGAUAGAAGAUUACUUUGGAUAUUUAAAAGAGAAGAAAUAUAUAGUCUAUUUGUUUUGUAACAAGUUCUGUAAAUAAAAUAAUUUAUACUAUUUAUAAGAAAAGUUGUGCUUUGCUUUAUGAGAAAUUAGUUUGUGGAACAAACAUGUUAACGGGCAAUAAAACUAGGAUUUCUCAAUAAAUAAGGUUGGCUGCAUGAAAUA